UGUGUCAGUGUGAGUGUGUGUCGCUGAUCUUGAACAGAUUGACAGAUUAAAGCUCAGGUUAAUCCUGUGUGUGUGUGUGUGUGUGUGUGUGUGUCAUUCAGAGAUGCUGGAUGUCAUAUUUCACUGUUUCUGAAAUGCAUGUGUGUGUAAGACACAUCUGAAGGAUGGAGAUCCACCAUUCGCUUUAAUAAGUAUGUCGGUGCUCUCGCUCCUGCGCUCUCCGCGCCUCUCCUUCCUGCAGACGCUGCUGUCUCUGCUGCUGUCGCUGCUCUCGCUCUCCUCCUCGCACUGGUGCGUGGGCCAGCAGAAGGUGCCCAAGCCGCUGUGCUCGCCUGCCCGCCGGCUCAAGUGCACCCCGGUGUCCGGCGUGAUGGACGGCUCCUUCUCCUGGGAGACCGGCGACGACAGCUUCAUCUUCCCCUCCUUCCAUGCGGGGCUCUGGACCACCUGCCAGGAGAACAUCUUCACCGACGCCUGGGACGAGAAGUGUCGCAGUUUCAUGGCCCUCACUCCUGAAUCUGAGAAAGGGAUCGUGUGGCUGUACGUGGGGAUGGAGCUGCUGUAUGUCGGGUUGUUGUGCAUCAGUUCUCUGCUCCUGAUGCUCCAGUUGUGUCUGUCGAACUGGUUUCCUCGUCAGCAGCGCUGCGCCCACUUACUGAACGCCUUCGCUGCCAUCUGCACUGUCCUCGGAGGGCUGGUUGGGAUGGUCGCUCACAUGAUGUAUAUGCAGGUGUUCCAGGUGACGAUCUCUAACGGCCCUGAAGACUUUAGACCUCACAGUUACAGAUACUCGUGGGCCUUUUAUGUGGCGUGGGUGGCCUUUACCUGCUGCAUGUCCUCCGGCGUGUCCACGCUCAACAACUACACCAAGACCUUUCUGAUGGUGGGACCCAAGAACAGGAGUGUGUUUUACCCCUGCAGGAACUUCACCUUCCCCCCGCAGCCGCCGGCGCUCUCGCCUCUGUCUCCGUACUUCAGUGCUCCGCUGCCGCCCCCUCCGGCCUGCCCCGCCCCUCGCUCGCCAUGCCCCGCCCCUCACUCGCCAUGCCCCGCCCCUCGCUCGACACUUUCACUUGGCCCCGCCCAUAUCUUGUCAUGCCCCACCACGCACAGCCCCGCCACUCGCUCGCCAUGCCCCGCCCCUCGCUCACCAUACCACGCCCCUCUCUCGCCACUUUCACUUGGCCCCGCCCAUAUCUUGUCAUGUUCCACCCCGCACAGCCCCGCCCCCCGCUCGCCAUGCCCCGCCCCUCGCUCACAAUACCACGCCCCUCUCUCACAACUGUCACUUGGCCCCGCCCAUAUCUCGCCCAGCCCCGCCCCUCUCUCCCCAUCGCUCUCUCUUCUGUCUCCACUGAGUUUUGUGUCUCAGUGUUCGGAGGAGUUCAGCCCGCUCUGA